GGGGAGAGAGAGCGAGAAAGAGAGAGAUCUGCCCCUGGAGGUGCUUGGAGCAGCAUAUGCCCGGGCAGCUCUUGUGGACUAAAAAAUUGGCGUUUCGGCUGGUUUGGUUGUUUUUGUGAGGCUGACAGCGGUUUUCCAGAUGUUAGUUCAUUCUUACUGCACUGCGGACCGCCAUGACGGUGUCUCGAGUCACAGCUCGCGCCUGUCCCAGCUGGGUUCGGUAUCCCACGCGGGGCCCUACUCCAGCGCGCCUCCCCUCUCCCACGCGCCCUCGUCGGACUUCCAGCCUCCCUACUUCCCACCGCCGUACCAGCCGCUCGCCCACUACCAGAGCCAGGACCCGUAUUCCCACGUGAGCGACCCGUACUCCCUGAACUCUCUGCACCAGAGCCAACAGGGCGUAUGGGGGUCGCGCCAGCGGCAGGACGCCGCCGGAGAGCGGAUGGACAGCUCCUCUUUGCUGGCCCAGCCUCGGGCCUCGCUGCAGCAGCUGCCUGGGCUGGACCCGCGGCGGGACUACGGUGGGGUGAGGCGGCCCGACGUGCUGCUGCACGCCGCUCAUCCGGGACUGGAGCCCGGGAUGGCCGACGGAUUGUUGCACGGACUGCACGGCAUGGAGGAUGUGCAGACUAUUGACGACACCAACGGAACCAACAUACUGGAUCAAUCCGUUAUUAAGAAAGUCCCCAUGCCACCCAAAAACAUCGGUUCGUUGAUGCUCGGCAAGGACGGCCUGAUCGGUGGAGUCAGCGUCAACAUCAACGAACUGUUCUGUUCGGUACCGGGUCGGCUGUCCCUUCUCAGCUCCACCUCCAAAUACAAAGUGACCGUCGGGGAGGUGCAGAGGAGACUUUCCCCGCCCGAGUGCCUCAACGCAUCCUUAUUGGGGGGCGUGUUGCGAAGAGCAAAGUCCAAAAACGGUGGGAAAUGCCUGCGGGAAAAACUCGAGAAGAUUGGGCUGAAUUUACCUGCUGGGAGACGCAAGGCUGCAAAUGUCACGUUACUCACGUCACUAGUUGAAGGCGAGGCCGUGCACCUUGCCCGAGACUUCGGCUACAUCUGCGAGACCGAGUUCCCCACCAAAGCCGUGAGCGAGUACCUCAACCGGCAGCACGCGGAUCCCAACGAGCUGCACACGCGGAAAAACAUGCUGCUGGCCACCAAGCAAUUGUGUAAGGAGUUCACAGACCUGCUGGCCCAGGACAGGACUCCCUUGGGCAACUCAAGGCCCACGCCCAUCCUGGAGCCCGGCAUCCAGAGCUGCCUCUCUCACUUUUCCUUCAUCACGCACGGCUUCGGAUCACCCGCCAUCUGCGCUGCGCUCACAGCCCUCCAAAACUACCUCACCGAGGCCCUCAAAGGACUGGACAAGAUGUUCCUCAACAACCCUCCCAACCGGCACGGGGACAACAAGUCUGGCGAGAAAGAGGAAAAGCAGCGGAAAUGAACCAGACGUGACGUUAUUACUUGCAGCUUUACGCCACUGAGACUGAAGUGCGCGCACGUACACACACACACACACACACACACACAUCCAGCCUGCGUGAGGAAGGAAGAGGAGGAAAGGAGUUCAGAGACAUAGAGGGACUGUUCAUCUGCGUUACGUUCUUUCACUCCCCCGAGGACAUUCUGGCUGCGGUUACAUCCAUUUUACUCCUCGUGCCAGCAUCCUGACCGCAACGCUGUGUGCAGCAGCAGCAGACUUUGUGUGUGUGUGUGUGUGUGUGUGUGUGUGUGCGCGCGCGCUUGUGUUUGUCUUCACGCAACAAAAAGCAUCGUGAGUAUGAAGAUGGGUCAUGAGCUAUCUAUCUGUAAAACAGAUUUGUCUGGUAACUUCACACGAAAUAGAAGCGGGUGAGGGGGGGGUGGGGUUGGCGGGGGUAAUUUAUGCGUGUACAUAUUUAUUUAUAUUAAUUUAAAUGGUUGAUUUUGUAAAUAGGUGCCAGCUAUUUUGGAGGAGGCCUAUUUAUCUGUGAUUUGAUCUUUGUGCGUCACCAGCCGGUGUGGGGUGGGGGGUGGGGAGUGAGGGCUCGUCCAGUGUUUUUCUGUUUCUUCUAGAGCUGUUGUCAUGGUGCUGAUGAUGGGUAGACAUGCUUUGAAUUGUCCUGUGCUUUCAUUUCUAUCACACUGAUAAUAAACCAUGCGUUUUAUUAUGAGA